AUGGCGGAAGCUAGAGCCUUCGAAACCAGUGGCUACUGUUUUGACGGCCAGCGGAGGUGCCCGCCCAAACUCGCAUUUGCGCCACCGAAUGACACUCCAGAUUGUUGCGUGGAAAACCGUUCUUGGCGGGCGGCGAAAGUUAGAACUGAACUUGUGGGGAGAAUAGUCGGCAAUCCCCAAAGAGCCCUGUCCUGGUGUGAUUUCAUCAUCAGCUAUGAGGCAGAGUCCCUUCAAUUGUGGAAAAUGCCGCCAUUCUUGUGA